AAAAUGUUUACAGUACAAAUUUCACUUCUAUGUGCUUGUCCACAUUUAAUGCACAUUUCCGCGCCCCUACAUUUUUUGUCUGUUUUCUGUUAACCAACAUCAUUAUUCUUAUUAUGCUUAACGUUAUAGUUCAUACAGUUAGAACGUUUUAAAAUGUUUACAGUACAAAUUUCACUUCUAUGUGCUUGUCCACAUUUAAUGUACAUUUCCGCGCCCCUACAUUUUUUGUCUGUGUGACCAAACUUCAAGCAUUUUCUACACUGCGAUAUCGAGUUAUUGUCAUAG